AUGGAGGAGGGCGAGGCCAGCGGCUUCUGCUUUCAGAAGGUGUCCGAGAUGGAGCCCCUCAUUCGCUUCUUCGAAGAGGAUUCAGCCGAUUCUGGCAAGCUGCUCGACCUCCUGGUCACCAACGAGGUCGUCGAGCGCAGCAAGCUGCGGCGCCUCUGCGAGCUCGCCUCGCACCCGAGCGUCAAGCGGGUGGGCGUGGCCGUGGACGACGCCGGCGUGCUCCAGGUGCUGAUGGACGAGGCGCGCGCGGCCAGCGGCGGCAGUAGUGCAGCAUCGCGGGUGGGCGUUGUGAUCGAGAUCGACGUGGGCCAGCAGCGGUGCGGCAUCGACAUCGCGUCCCAGCAGGGCGAGGAGACCUUCGUUGCGCUCGCCCGGCGGCUCAUUGCCGCCCAUCGGGACCCGAGCGGCCAUGUCAGCUUCAUCGGCCUGCAGGCCUACCAUGGCGGGAACCAGCACGUGCGCGCGGCAGCCGAUCGAGAGCGAACGGUCCAGCACGUCGCGGCGUUGGCACGGAAGGCGCUCGACCUGCUGCGGGCGAAUGACUGCCUGCCCGAGGGCGAGUUCCUCGUCUCUGGCGGUGGCACGGGGAGCUUCCCGUACGAGAUCGCUUCGGGCGUCUACAACGAAAUCCAGCCCGGGUCGUACGCGCUGAUGGACAGGGACUACUGUCUCAACAAGAACGCCGAGGACCGCACGGAAUCGCCCUUCAAGAACAGCAUGUUCAUUCUCUCCACGGUGAUCAGCACCGCGAGCGCCGGUCGCGGCUGGGUCACACUCGACGCAGGGUUGAAGGCGUAUGCCGUGGAUUCGGGGCUGCCGGUCGUGUGGCAGAACGACGAACUCGAUUGCGAGCAAGCCGGCGAUGAGCACACCAAGCUGAUCCCGCGCACGCCGGGCAACCUGGCCGCCCUUGCCCACUUCAAGGUGGGCGACAGGGUGUGGCUGGUGCCGGGCCACUGCGACCCGACGUCCAACCUCUACGACUGGAUGGUGGCCGUGCAGGAGGACAAGGUGACCGACGUCUGGGCCGUCUCCGCGCGAGGACCCGGCAUGUGA